AUUCAGAGCAGCUGGAUCAGCCUGCAUGGCAAGUGUUACCUUUGAGUUUGAGACUUUGUAUUCUAGAUUUGUAGAUAUCUGUGCUCGAUAUCUGGGCUUCUCUGAACGAAAUGAAGCUGUGUAGUCCUCUCUAAGAAAAGUAGCUAUGGAAGUGUGUCGAGUUACAUGAAGACUGCCUUUUUAUUUGUAGUUUUUGUUCUCUGAAGAGCAACUUUGCUCUGUCCAUAAUUUCCCUGCACUCUGUCAGCUUUUCUGGAGAUGGCUGCUUGUCAUGGCGACAUCGUGUGCCUGAACGUCGGAGGAACCAGCUUUUGCACGUCGCGAAAAACUCUCUUGUCUACGGAAAACACAUUCUUCUCCAGUCUGCUGAGCGGCCGUCACAACUCCGCCAGGGAUGCCACAGGAGCUAUCUUCAUCGAUCGGGAUGCAAGCUUAUUUUCCAUCAUUCUUCACUAUCUACGGACCAGGAAAAUCGAUUUAAGAGGUGAAUGUGUCCGGGCUGUUCGUGAUGAGGCCGAAUUUUACGGAAUCCCCUCGCUAACAAAGGCUCUUCAUCUGGUUGAGGAGCAGAGUAAUUCGUCUUGCGGUGGACUGUUCUUCACUGGCUUCAUCAACCCUCCGACAGUUCGCCAUGAACGUGGGGCACUUCAGAUUCCGGCCGGUAUGGACAACCCUGUCCUACUCAUCACAGGUCAUCAGAACUACCUGGCUGUAGCGUACCGACACUACAUCUGUGUGCACAGGUUAAUGAAUGCGGUUGGUUGGGAGCAUGUCUUCACUUCGCCUGUGUUACCCCAAGCGCCCGGGCAGAUGGCACUGAACGUCAAGUCGAGCAGCGGACGACGACGAUUGCUUGCGGCAGCGUCAGGUGGAAUAACGACCGUCUGGGAUGUCACGCCGGCGGACGGUGAAUCAUCUCUCAUCACCUCGCAUACGUUCAACGCGCCCGUGGACGUGCUGUUCUUCAUCGGCACUCAGCUAGUUGUGAUGAGCUACCUUGGUGAAGUAUCCGUGUGGAACGCCGUCACACAGCAGUGGAAGGUCCAGAUGAUGGCCCCCAUUGCCAGCCACGCCACCGUCAACUCCACCAUGUUACUGGGAUGUGCUAACGGCUCAAUCUACUACAUAGAUAUGGAGAAGUUUCCGUUGCGCAUGAAGGACAACGACCUUCUUGUCACCCAGGUGUAUGAAGACCCGGCCAAAGAGGCUGUCACAGCACUCAGUGUCUACUUCACCAAAGCACAAAUCCGCAACUGCACCGCUAACUCCCUGGAGAUUGCGUACGGGACGAAUAACGGAAAUGUGCGUGUGAUCGCCGAUCAUCCCGAGACGCUGGGGCGCGGCUUUCAACUACUGCAGACCUUCACCGUGCACCGCAGUCCGAUCACGCGCGUGUGCCUGACCGAGAGGUAUCUUGCAUCAGUGUGCUCCGAGUACAAUCAUGUACGCACUUGGACGGUGACCCGUUUCCGUGGCAACUUGAGCACGCAAACGUUUCCUGCGCCGCUGGCAUCGUUUCAUGUUCUCUCUUUGGAGAUGGGUAUGGACAGUCUAACACCUAGCUCUAAUGAGAUCGGACCGUUUGGCUACCACCACAAGGAGCAGGAGGACCAGGUGUUUAUACAGCGCGUGGCACCCAUCACUUCGGAGCUCUACUGUCGACUGGCAGCAACCGGACAACGAGUGUGUGUCUUGCGCUCAGUAGAUGACUCUUACAUCUCCGCACACUGUGUGGUGGAUUUUGACGCCAGCAACCGAAGCGCCUCCUGCGAACGUUCGUACAUCUUCACCGGCCAUGCGAAUGGUGCAGUACAGAUGUGGGACUUGACCACAGCGUAUGAGCUAACACGAGCUGGGCGAGCGUCCAUUGCAAUAGGAGCGCCGAACAGGCACGUGCCGUGCGCGCAGUCGGACGGGCCAUCCAGCGCCGAGCUGCUGCAGGUGCUGGAGAAGUUCGACCUUCGCUCCGGCGACGACGAGAUGUCCUCCAAGUUCUCCACGGCGAGCUCGUACCGCUCGGUGAAGCUGCAGCUGCGCGACAACCUGAGUGCACGCGUGUCGCCGAACUGGGUCACUUCGGCGACGUCGCCGCAUCCGUCCAUCCGCUCGAUGGCCUCCGAUCAGUCGGUGGCGUUCCAGGGCGGACUGCCGUCCAGCGAUCUUGCCCGUGCCUUCUCAAGCCUGUCAUCGCCACCGCGUGGCGCCAGUCGUGUGAACAGUCUGCCGCCGUUGCUUUCAGAGGCAUCGCUGGACCAUUCGCACAUGAGCGUACAAUCGUCCGCUGUCGGGGCAACGGCAAGCAGCACUGCAACUGCCGAAGCGAUGUCCGUGCGGUCGUGCAGCUUCGAUGCUUCGUGCCAGCCCGGCACCAUGGCAACCGGAGCCACUGCCACCACUGCAGGCAGCAUGCCAUCUCCGCCAACGUCGUCGAGCUGUGCGGCCUCUGUUGAUGCCCCAGCGCGCACUGGUCCUGCUACUGCUGCUGCGGUGACAACAGCGAACGGUUACAGUGCCGUUGCAGCAGCAGCAUCGCGGCUGCCGGCCUUGUCCAGGUCGAAACCGCCCGUGCUGCCCAAGAUGCCGGCCGCGCGGUCCGUGUCCAUCAAUCCGUACGCGUCGAUCAGCGCGCCGUCCUCCUCCUCCGCCGUCUCCAGCAGCAUUCCGCGCGUGCAGAGCGAUCAGAGUGUGCCAAGCCAGCAGUCGCACGCCAGCAGCGUUGCCACCCUCUCCACCACCGGCGGCGAUACCAAGUCAGCCUCGUCCUCGUCGCUCUGGAAGCCCAGUCAUCGACGCAGCAAGUCUGCCAGUAUUGUCCGCCACUCGUUCUUCUCCACCGAGAAACGGCACACGCCACGCGUCCUCGAGGACGUCAUCAGCCUGAGCGCGAGUAACGGAAGUAGCCUGACCUCGCUCAAUUCGCUCUCUCAGCAACAGCAGUGAACUGUCUACCAGCUUGAGUGUCAGCAACGGAAGUAGCCUGACCUCGCUCAAUUCGCUUUCUCAGCAACAGCAGUUAUCUGUCAGCCUGAGCGCCAGCAACGGAAGUAGCCUGACCUCGCCCAAGUCGUUGUCUCAGCAACAGCAGUGAACUGUUGAUUGCUUGUCUCCUGAUAGGUCCACCUUGCAGCAAUGGCUUGUUUGCCCUACACGCUGCUGCGCAAGUGUUGUAUGAUACUGUGUUGCCAUACCUGCCGACAUGUCAGUAGCCUGCCGAUUUUUGAGGCCCGUCAUGACCUGCCGACAAUUGACCUUCUCCUGCCGACAACGGCCAUGAAAGUGUCCAAGUUUGUCCUUGUGCUUGGUUUAGAAGUCCUGGUCCAGAUUUUUGGCUUUUACUGCUCAUCACGAGUGUUUCCAGAGCUCUCUCCUAAGGCGCGAGGCGAAUCAUCAGCUGUCUGGGGAAAAUUGGCAAACUCAGUCGGAGUCUCAUGCAAAGCCGUGAAAGGUUUUCUUAACAGUUCCGCGCGCGCGCGCGUGUGUGUGUGUGUGUUGGGGUUACUAUGAAGGAGGGGGUCCGGCGGCAAAGCCCGCGGAUGAUGCAUUUUAUUUUUUUCAUCCUACUGAUAUUUGGCUAUAAUGAUGUGGCAACACUGUACAGUAUGUACAAGCUAGUACUAUGCGUGCACGUUGCUUGCACAUGCACAGCGCCUUCAUCAAGUUAGACCCAUCGCAAAGCCACACCGCGCUGGCCUGCUUCACGUCAUGGCGCUGCGACGUCACGCGUCUUUCGCAACGACGGGUCUGCUGCCUGUGCGUGAUCCUGCUACUGCUCGCAUCGCUGUCCAGAUAACAGCGCACGGCGCAUGCACGUGUGUGUGGGGGGGGGGGGGGGGCAUGCCCUCCACAUGUUCAUCCAACAUCAAUGUGAUGACUACCGGAUGAGCAUAUUGCACCCCAUGCUGGCCAGGACUAGACAGGCUUGAUUCUAGAACAGGCAGUCUCUGCUUUUCACCGCUUCAGUUUUAUUUCGGAACCCAUCCAUAUAUCCUACGACUGCUGUAUCCUGGCUCGGUACCAUCAGUUUUUGUGUCAUGUUUUUGAAGCCGACCACUUUUCUACUAUUUAUUCGUCAGAUCUAUCCGUGCUAACCUGUCUGGUCACGUGACUUGUUUCAUUGAAACCUGACAAUCUCUUGUUCACUUUUAUUUUAUUUUACUGGCUAUUUAAUUUAUUUCACCAUUUUAUUGAUGUGCAGUGCUCUGUAUGGCUAUUAGCGUAGUCGGUUGCAGUCGGGUGAGCCUCUGGCUGCAGCUGGUUAUUCAGCACGUUUACACGUGUGUUAUUCUUCAACUGUCCGUUGGGCUCUCCCCGCCCUCCCUAUCCACUCUGCGGCUUGGGGCUAGAGUGCUCCGGACUUAGUUACUUCCUUCCCUACUCCGUGGCUGGUCCACUCUGCCUUUAUUCAUCACUUUUCAUUCUAAUUUAUUUUUGAGCCCGUCAGCAUUUUAUUCUUCAGCUCUCUCUCUCAAUUCUUGCUAAUUGCUAGUGUCUGCAAGCAACCGCCUCAAAUUAGAAGUAGUAAUAUUAAUUUUUCAAUGACGUAGCUCACUGGACUAAUUCUUGUUGCUUGCCCAGUUCUGUCCGUAUAGCAGGGCCCAGCAGCAGUCACAGUUGAAAUACUAAUGGUGAAUCAUGCAGAGACAGGAUGAAUCAGUCUUGGCGGAGAUGCGCUUUAUGAUACGGUAUGUUGUGACUCUUGUGGGGUGAA